AUGUCUCUUGGCAUCAGCCAAGAGGCAGCAUCCAAUUAUUCCCAGGCUCAACGCAGGCUCUGCGAUUCAACGUGCCGCUGGACCAGCACGGCCUGCAGCAGCCAGCUCUGCCCCCGCUGCCGGCACUUCGUGCAGCAGCGCAGCCCAGCAGCCCGAGACGAGAGAGGAGCAGGGCCUGAAGACACUGAGUACGUCUGGUGUAUUUCUGGGAGCAUCGUGAGUCUGGGCCAGCCAGUGAGCAAAUACACGGCAUUUGAAGAACUUGGGCGAGGGGGUUUUGGCGCUGUUUAUAAGGCCCUUGACACCAGCACAGGACAACAGGUGGCCAUCAAGAUCAUGUCACUCCAAGAGGAGAUGUCCGAGGAGCUGGCUGUCAAUGAAAUCCUGGUCCUGAGGGACAACAGGAAUCCCAAUAUUGUCACCUACUUGGACAGCUACCUGGUGGGUGCGGAGCUCUGGCUGGCCAUGGAGUUCAUGGACGGCGGCACGUUGUUUGAUGUGCUCAGGGCAGUGUACCUGGAGGAAGGACAGAUAGGCGCUGUCUGUCGGGAGGUGAGGGAUCCCGCUUGUGCUUCCCCAGGCCUGCCCUGCACGGUGCUUGUCAACUGCAGGGUAAAGGCAGCAGAGAUUUCUUGCUCUCGGCUUUCUUUUGGUGCUGCUGUCACGACGCAGAGGAGAAGGAAGGGCAUCUGAGGUGAACUGCCUGCCGGUGUCCCCGCACUCCUUCGGCUCUGUUCUUGCACUCUUCCACGCGCUCUGUCCUCUGGCGCUCGUGCUGGCUCCCUGGCUUCGUUUCACUUGUUUCCUCUUCUCAGCUUCGCCUCUGAAAGUCUGCCUGCAGCCUGUCCGUCUUUCCUACAUUCCAUGCCACUGUGAGCAAGCAUGCAGGUGGCAGAAUUUGAAGCUAAGGGCAAAGAGAUGUCCUCAGCUUCCAAGGAUAGCAUUGCAGCCCAGAUGGCAUUGGAUUCUGGAACACAUCUCACGUGCUGCUUCCUCCGCUGCUGCCACUAGGCUUCCACAAAAAUCUUUGCCAUGCCGCCUCCCAGGCCGAGGUGAUGCGCUUCGUACCGAAGGCGGGUGGAACUUGUGGAAGCCCAGAUGCCUUUGCUUUGAAAUGCAGAAAACACUUCUAAGAGCCUUGAAGCAUCAAGCUGUUCUUCUCGACAGCACCACGAUGCUGCGGCCUCGCUCACAAGUCCCUGCGAAAGCUGUCAGUCUCAUCGAAUCCUUUCCUUUCCAGCGGGCUGGAAUCAGAGCCUGGAUGUUAA